AUGAACAACCAGCGCGUUGCCCUCUCAAGCAUCCCCGCUCUCACUUUCUACCGUGACUCCGACACCCUCGCGCGCCGUGCAAGCCCCGUUCCACAGCUCACUUGUAUUGGCAAGGCCUGCGAUCUGUACCAGCCGGAGGCUGUCAGAUGCACAAAUCUAGGUGGCUCUGGCACCGAUGUCGACUGGAAGUGCGAAGCCGAUCUUCCAGAAGCGCUGCGAUUUGGCAGAGUAGAGGUCUCAUGCGAAGGAUGGGAUGGUCCUGGAGACUCCUAUGUGCUCAAAGGGUCAUGCGGCCUGCAGUACAGGCUCGUCCACGUCCCCGGCGCAUUGCGUGGAAGUGGUGCGGAUGACCCCGCCUUCCGCUCUCGCCUGUCACGUUACUUCUCCAACGACCCCAGUGGCGCCAUCUUCAUGGUCAUAUGGGUCAUCCUCGCCGCCCUCCUCCUAUACGGGUUCCUCAACGCCUGUUUGAACGACCCGGAUCGUACACGACGCACGUCCCCUUCUACCAGAAGAGCCGGUGGCGGCGGCGGCGGUCCAUCCGGAGGUUGGUUCGCUGGCCCGGGUGGUGGUGGGGGUCGAGGAGCUCCAUACAACGAUCCUCGCGCCCCACCGCCCCCGUACUCCAAGGACCCCCCAGACAGCACCCAUUCGCAAGCCCAGGCAGGAUGGCGACCGGGCUUCUGGACGGGGGCGGCCCUGGGUGGGCUUGGGGCGACGCUGCUCAACCAGAACAGGCAAGCGCAGCCGGCGCGGAUGUACGACUGGGAGGAGCGGGAGCGGCCGGGAUACGGAGCACCGGUAGGGCGGUCAACGUGGUUUGGAGGGGCGCAGGGAGGGGCGGCGAGGAGGCGGCCGGCGUUUGACGGUGGGGAUCGGGGCGAGGGGCCGUCGAAUUUGGGAGCGAUGAGGACGAGCGUAGGAUUGGGAGGCUCGAAUGUGCGAUGA